AUGGAUUUAAUGUUAGAGUAAUAGUAUGUCAAAGCAGAUGGAGUUGAAGAAUAGGUUUCUAGCUCUUCUGAGUGUUCUCAUGAUUCAGAUUCGUCAUUUGAUUUAGAAAAUAAAAUAAACAACAAGUCACAUCAAAAAAAACUCACAAAUGACUUAAACGGAGAUGAUUAAAAAAAGAAUGGCAAGUUCGGUUUAAAAUACGCAAAAAUCUCAAAUAAAUAGAGACAAGCAUUGAUUGAAAGAGUUACAUCUACUGGUUGUACAAUUAAGAGUGCCGCCAAAGACUUGAGUAUCAACUUUUCAACAGCCAAAGCAAUUAUGCAGAUUUUUAGAAGGGAAGGAAGAAUAACGAAAAAAAUAAUAAGGGAAAUAAAAUCGAAGACCAUCAAGAAUUUAGGAUAAAAUAAUGAAGAUAACAUUCAGAAAAAAUCUUAACUGGAAGAAUAAAAUUUAAAGUUCGUAAAAGUUGAGGCAAUUUAGGACAAUAACGAGACAAAUUUAUAUUAAUAAGCAGAAGAAGCUAAUAGACAUUAAGCUUUGAUCAUCCAAUAACUGAGUACUUAAAACCUAUAUCUACAAAGCAGAAUUAAUCAAUUAUAACAAGAUAAAUUUUAAAUAAACUCAAAGUAUGAAUAAUUGUUAAUGUAAUAUCAUUAAUUAUAAUCAAUGGCUCGACAAUUCCUGUAGCCUUGUAUGUUUUAAUUUCCUACAUUUGCCCAGUGA